AUGAUUUUUCAGCGGUUUCUGCCAAAGUCAUCGGCCUCUUCUGUCUUCUUGUCCGACACACAACUUUACCAGCAUCCGCAAACACGUCCUGAACAAGCUCUCUCAGAACCAGCUGUAUAUCUGAAGCCAUCCGUCUACUACCGUGAGGCCAGGCGCAAUGAGAAUGAUUACGAGGGGCUGCGCAGGACUGCCAGACUGGAGCCGUCUUUUCUGGCAACGCCUUCACCGCUGACGUUCUACACAACCUUCUCGCACUUCACUACUGUCCUGAGCGACGGCAAGCCGAGCGUCUCGACACGACUUGAAGUCAUAACUAACGUCUUCACUGACGUCGUCCUGCCCACGAGAACGACGACCGAAGUUCCCGUGCGCAAGCGAAUCCGAGAUGCAAACAAAGCGGAAGCCAAUACUGUGGCUGGCGAAGAUUCUGUUGAGCUGAGCCAGAACCGGAGGCCGCAGGCGAGGAAGCUGCUUUCUCUCAGCAGCAAAGACAGCGAGUUUUCUUUGCCGGACCAGUUUGUUGUCACGGACGAGGAGGCAGCGUCGACUAACAGACACAAGCCUGGUCUCGUGGCACGUUCCGCAGGAAACGAAGGAAGCUCUUCCGACAAAGCCAAGGAUCAUCCCGUGGGCCUCAUUCAGUCAGUCGAAGCAAGGGCAGUGCGAAACGGAGCGACGACAGUCUACGCUACGGAAGUGUACGGUACUUUCAUCAACGGCGCCUACGCUCAAGUAGUCUCCACGGCUGUGCGAGUCUUCUCCGACCAGAAUCAGCAGAGCGCCUCGCACCUUCCGCCGAGGCAAGAGCGGUCUACGUCUCCUGGCUCCCCUGCACAGACGCGCCCGACGGGUCUAAUAUCUUCUAUAGCCAACACGGUCAUCCAUGACAGCACCACCACUGCCUACACGACUAAUAUUUAUGGAACGUACAUUCGGGGCAUGUAUGCCCAUGUCGCUCAGACGACGUCUACUGUGAUCAAACCUCAAGCUUCUAAGUCAGCGUCUAGUAUUACGAAGAACCAAGAGUACAAAACGGGCCUCAUCUCCUCGCUAGUCAACACAGAAAUCCACGAUGCGACGACGACUGUUUGGAAAACACACGUCUACGGCACGUUCGUAAACGGAUUUUAUGCCCACGUAGCGUCUACAGCGUCGGAGCUGCUCAAACCGACCAAAAACACCUUUGUACAGGCAACUAGCACCCAGAUACCUACACGCACAAGUGUUCCGUCCCAGCAGACGAAGACAAAGAGCUACACGACGGGGCUUCUGUCGGCACGAACGAACACAGUUGUCAACGGAGGGACUUCAACGGAAGUGGUGACAAAUAUAUAUGGCACGUUUGUCGGUGACCUGUACGCGCAAGUGGCACGCACCACGUCUCGUGUGCUAACGGGAGCUGCACCCAGCACUAGAGCGCCUGACGCCGCCACGCCGACCACUGCAGCCAAGCUGACAGGCAUAAUUUCGUCCACGGUCCAAAGCGUUACACACGGAGGUGUCGUUACAUAUUACACUACGGAAAUACACGGCACUAGCGUGAACGGCUUGUACGCACAGAUCGCGAAGACUUCGACGCGCACCGAGACAAUAAAGCCCACCAGCACGAAAGCAGCAUUGCAACCAUUCCUGCAGAAGACGGGACUGCUUUCGUCCAGUGUUUUCAGCAGCGAAAUUCACGGCGGAUCAACCACACUACACGUGUCUGAAGUGGAUGAAGAGGAGGAGCCAGAAGAUUACGGAAAAAAUGAGUUCCUUGACGAGGAAGACGAAGAUUACAACGAAUAUGAAGAGAGGCAGCUUCAGACACCCGAACCACGCUCGUCUAAGCGGCAUCGACCAACGCGAGCGGGAUACACCAGAGGUCCUCGCCAACCACAGACAGCGCACCAACUCAAGCACCAAGCAGAAGACGAAGAAUACGACCUUUAUCAUGACGAUGACUACGAACAAGUGUCUGCCCGGUCAAAGUCACAGGCAAGCAGAAAUGAAGACAACAAGCAGGCUUCGCCUCCUUCAGGCGUAAACAUCAGACCUUUCAGAAGAGAACGCGUUCCUUUUGCUCCGCCGUCAAGGGUAGUCAACAAGCCAUCCUUCACUCUUCAAAUAAGGAGACCGCAUGGAAGACAGAGAACGAACGGGCGACGUCCCUUAAAGGAAGAAAAGCCAGAGGAAGAAGAGAUCGAAGCCGAAGAGGCCGUGCACAGCUCUGCAGCCACGCCGCAGUUGCACCUAGGACGGCGGAGAGGUUCAGCGAGAGCGUUGGCAGCCAAAUCUCCGCCUGCCAGGACACCUUUCACAAGGACGAGGCCCUCUGCAGUAGAGAAUACUUAUGGAAUAAGCCCGAACAGGGCAAAAUCCGAGGAAGAAUACUCCGAUUACGAAGAGGACGAUGACUACAAAGCUGAGCGGAAUCCCCGUGGCCGCGGUCGUCUUAAACCGCCGUCAAGAGGCUCGCCAAAUGUACGAGGGAGGGGUAAUUUAGGUGUAAGGCCGUUCGUAAGACCACAACAGCACACUGACGAAGAGGAUUCUAAUGAAGACACGCACUCAAACGCGAGAAACCGUGGGCGACAAAACCCGCUAGCUAAAGGCCGUCGUAACCAAAACAGGGCUAGGGCACCAAACUUAAAAUCCUCAUUCAACACUGUAAAAGACGAAGAAGAAUCACCAAAUUUGCCCUUCGCUAGACUUCGCGGAAACAGGAGACGAUCUUCUUACAACCCUAGGGCCCGUAGAACGUCGCUGACUUCGACUGGCCGCCCAUCGACAAAGCCCCCCAUAACGGUCACUUCUGUGAUAACGACCGUAAAAACUCUCCCUAUAUACCAUGGCUUCAAGACCUCAUACGCGACUUUGACGACUACAGCUCUAGCAUCCAGCGUCAUUCAGGCUACACUGUACUCGACGGCAGUCGACGAGUCAGGACGGACAAAGACGAUCCUGAAUUCCAGGAGCGACGCGAAUGGUCCUUACACGACAUUCACAGAAGUGCUCAUUACCACCAGCGACUUGCAGCAGUUUAGGCUCCUUCCAAUAAAGAUAGGGUUCAGCACCCGUACUGACACAAUAACCGAGACGACUGUCUUAACCCAACUCACAACCCUGUACAGUACCAUAACCCCAGAGGUCAUUCCAACCACACCAGCCACGAACCCUCCUGGCUUUCCAAUCCCCUUUUACCCGCAGAUCCCUAACCAAGAUUUUAGCCUACUGACCUCUUCGUAUGUAACAACGGAAACAAUUGUGACCUCGACAGUGUUGCCCAUUGUUCUUCGUGGAAGGACGGUUCUUAGCACCGUUACUACAACCAAAUUUUCUGAGUCAACAGUGACGAAGACUGCGUCCGUCCCUGUUCCCCAUAUUCCAACAGCGGCCCCUUUCAUACCGCAGCCUUAUUUUGCGGUACCUCAGCUAACAACAAUGCUCACUUUGUAUGUCACUGGGGACCAGGGGGACGUCAUUCCCGUAGUUACUACUGUCACUGAGUUGCCGUCGACGGGUCCAGACAGGAUGAAGUACCCGGAGGCGACCGUUCUGAAGAGGUAG